AAGCCCGGUUACGGGUGAAAUGCGUCUUCCCAUUCCUCCUUUCGACUGCCGUCCUCGGUGUUUCCGUUGCCCGACAUACCUUCAAACCCAGCAUCUCCGCUCCCGGCGUCACACACCCAUUGCUGUCCGACGCCUCCUCGGCUCCGUUUGCAGGUGACCUCUUCCUGGACUGACUUCCUUUCCUCACGGGACUCCGGCGCCCGUCCGGGCUCACGGACAAUACUACAGACGCCUGCAAACAAGCUCGUCAGGGCCUGCACCUUGCCGGGCGACCACGCACGGCCCUGCAUGGACAGUGUCUCAGUGUCCGAGGCAACUUCACCGUACCCACGGACCGGUUACCACGGGAAAUAUAACUGCUUUUUACCGGUCAGCAGCUCUUACACCUUGCCACGUACAUGAAUGUCCCCGAUAUCCCAUACCAUUGCAGUCCUGAUUCCACAAAUGAUGUAUGACGGCUACCUACACCUAGACCUCCCUCCGGCACUUCAUCUCUCCAACGCUGCCGGAGAACGUUUCCCAAGACUAGCCUCCCGCACCCGAUUCAUCCUAGGAUUGGACUUUCGAUGGACAUGCCAUGGUGACAUGAACAGGAUGAGUUAAGGGUACUUACAACAUAACCAAGGUGUGUGGGCUUGUGUUUGUGAGUGCUUGUACCGCUCCUCCCAGGAAGGUGCAAGGACCAUGAGCUUGUCCCUGAAGUCACGCAGGUUCGGGAGGCCAGUAAGCCCACAGCUGGUUCUCUUGCUCCUCUUUGCCUUUUGUCUUCUGAGUGUCUUCAUCUCGGCUUAUUACCUGUAUGGCUUGAAAAGGGGACUGGAGCCUUCCGGGAGUGAUGGGCAAUCCCUGGACUGUGAUGAGCCCAAGAUUAGUCCUUCACGCUUGCUCCCGCUGAAGCCUAUGAGACCGGUGGACUCUUCCCGCACUGACCCACUGGUGCUAGUCUUUGUAGAGAGCCUCUACUCCCAGCUUGGGCAGGAAAUAGUGGCUAUAUUGGAGUCGAGCCGUUUCAAAUACCGGACAGAGAUCGCUCCAGGCAAAGGUGAUAUGCCUACUCUCACCGAUAAGGACAGAGGGAGAUUUGCACUCAUUGUCUAUGAAAACAUUCUGAAAUAUGUUAACUUGGACGCGUGGAAUAGAGAGUUGCUGGACAAGUACUGCUUGGAGUACGGUGUGGGGAUCAUUGGCUUCUUCAAGGCCAACGAGAACAGUCUGCUGAGCGCUCAGCUCAAAGGAUUCCCCCUUUUCCUCCACUCCAAUCUAGGACUCAAAGACUGCAGCAUCAGUCCUAAAUCCCCCCUUCUGUACAUCACCAAACCAAACCAGGUGGAAAAGGGUGAUCUACCGGGUGAAGACUGGACGGUCUUCCAGUCCAACCAUUCCACCUAUGAGCCAGUUCUCCUUGCCAAGACCAAGUCAGCAGAGACUAUACCUCACCUCAGCGUGGACGCGGCACUGCACACCACUGUGGUACAGGAUCUGGGCCUACACGAUGGCAUCCCGAGGGUCCUUUUUGGCAACAACCUGAACUUUUGGCUUCACAAGCUAGUGUUUGUGGACGCUGUGUCCUUCCUGACCGGGAAGCGGCUGUCCCUUCCGCUCAAUCGCUAUGUGCUCGUGGACAUCGACGAUAUAUUUGUUGGCAAGGAGGGGACUCGCAUGAAAGUAGAAGAUGUGAAGGCACUGUUUGACACCCAGAACGAGUUGAGAGCGCACAUCCCUAAUUUCACCUUUAACCUCGGCUUUUCUGGAAAGUUCUUCCACACAGGUACGGACGCGGAGGACGAAGGAGAUGACCUCUUGCUUUCUUACGUCAAGCAGUUCUGGUGGUUCCCCCAUAUGUGGAGUCACAUGCAGCCUCACCUGUUCCACAACCAGUCCGUGCUGGCCGAGCAGAUGGCCCUGAAUCGGAAGUUUGCUAUGGAGCAUGGUAUACCUACAGAUAUGGGGUAUGCUGUGGCCCCUCACCACUCUGGAGUUUAUCCCAUCCAUGUGCAACUCUACGAAGCGUGGAAGCAAAUUUGGGGGAUAAAGAUUACAAGCACUGAGGAGUACCCCCACCUGAAACCUGCACGCUUCCGAAGAGGAUUCAUCCAUAGUGGAAUUAUGGUCCUUCCUCGGCAGACCUGCGGCCUCUUCACGCACACCAUAUUCUAUAACGAGUAUCCCGGGGGUCCUGUGGAACUGGACAAAAUUAUUAAUGGCGGCGAGCUUUUUCUCACAGUACUUCUAAACCCAAUCAGCAUUUUCAUGACCCACUUAUCGAACUACGGCAACGAUCGUCUGGGACUGUACACUUUCAAGCACUUAGUGCAGUUUCUCAACGCCUGGACGAACCUCAAGCUGCAGACUCUGCCCCCUGUGCAGCUGGCCCACAAAUAUUUCCAGAUCUUCCCAGAGGAGAAGGACCCCUUGUGGCAGGAUCCAUGUGAGGAUAAGCGUCACAAAGACAUUUGGUCUAAGGAGAAAACCUGUGACCGAUUCCCCAAGCUGCUUAUAAUCGGACCUCAGAAAACAGGAACCACUGCGUUGUACCUCUUCCUAGGGAUGCACCCAGACCUGAGCAGCAAUUUCCCAAGCUCUGAGACCUUCGAGGAGAUCCAGUUCUUCAAUGGCCAAAACUACCACAAAGGGAUCGACUGGUACAUGGAGUAUUUCCCUAUUCCCUCCAACACCACCUCAGACUUUUACUUUGAGAAGAGCGCUAAUUACUUUGAUUCAGAAGUAGUUCCCCAGCGAGUGGCUGCGCUUCUGCCCAAAGCCAAACUCAUUACCAUUCUCAUUAACCCCGCCGACCGCGCUUUCUCCUGGUACCAGCACCAGAGAGCCCAUGAUGAUCCUGUGGCUCUGAAAUACACUUUCCAAGAAGUCAUAACAGCCGGGCCUGAAACCUCUCCAAAGUUAAGAGCCCUACAGAACAGGUGCCUUGUCCCAGGAUGGUAUUCCACGCACAUCGAACGCUGGCUGAACCACUUUCACGCUAACCAGAUGCUGGUUUUAGAUGGCAAGUUAUUGCGCACUGAGCCUGCCAACGUAAUGGAAUCUGUGCAGAAGUUCUUAGGAGUCGGGAAUGUUAUGGACUACCAUAAAACUCUGGCUGUUUGGAAGGAAUUUGGGCAAAUAAACUGGCAGAAUCCAAGGCUCUGCUGUUUCGAUGCCAAGAAAGGAUUUUGGUGCCAACUUCAGGAUGGUGGGAAGACUAAAUGCCUGGGGAAGAGCAAAGGGAGAAAAUACCCGGACAUGGAUUUGGAUUCCCGAUCUUUCUUGACAGACUAUUAUAGGGACCAUAACGUCGAGCUCUCCAAGCUUCUGUACAAGAUGGGCCAAACGCUACCCACCUGGCUUAGAGAGGAGCUGCAGAAUACCAGGUAGCUGUUGGUCGCUGCUUUUGGGAAGAGGAGAAGGUCUUAAGAGGUUUCCAGUUUUGACCAAGUAGAGGUGGCAUCGAGGAGCUACGGCCUACCCACUUGGCAAGUGAUGUUCGGUCACUUCGAUGGAAAGACUCCCCACGAUAAAUACAUCUAAAGGCCCCUUUACUCCUGAAGGCAUCUCACAGUCAUUUAUGUGCAUCCAGAAUGGCCUGUUUUAGAGGCCUGGUUUAUUUUGCGUAGGAUUCGCUGCAGGGUCUUGUGCAUUUGUCUGACUGUUGUACUUGGACUAAACCACUUAUAAAGUAUUAUGAAAUAA